CGGAAGUACUCGCGCCCCAGACCCUGGGGUGACCAGGUUGGGGGCUACCACUUACAGCGAGCGCGGAGGUCGCGUUCCUGUUUCGCGCUCCCAGCAUCCGCCGCCAUGGCCUGGACCAAGUACCAGGUGUUCCUGACCGGGCUCAUGCUCGUCACCGGCUCCAUCAACACGCUGUCGGCAAAGUCUGAAGUCCCCAUCUGUAAAAUGAGGAUCCUCCUUGUGAGGCCUAAACCACACAGCCCACAUGAAGUGCCCAGCCUCCUCAGGGAGAAGUACAGGCCUGGUACAAGGUGGGCGGACAACUUCGUGGCCCCAGGCUGUGGAGGGAGCCAGGAGCACAGCUUCCAGCAUCCCUUCCUCCAGGCAGUCGGCAUGUUCCUGGGGGAGUUCUUCUGCCUGGCUGUCUUCUACGUACUCCGGUGCAGAACUGCAGGGCACCCAGACACCAGCACGGAUCCCCAGCAGCCCUUCAACCCCCUUCUAUUCCUGCCCCCAGCCCUCUGCGACAUGACCGGGACCAACAUCAUGUAUGUGGCCCUGAACAUGACCAGUGCUUCCAGCUUCCAGAUGCUGCGGGGAGCAGUGAUCAUAUUCACAGGCCUGUUUUCGGUGACCUUCCUGGGACGGAGGCUGGCACUGAGCCAGUGGCUGGGUAUCUUCGCAACCAUCGCAGGGCUGGUGGUCGUGGGCCUGGCUGACCUCCUGAACAAGCACGACAGUCAGCACAAGCUCAGCGAAGUGAUCACAGGGGACCUGUUGAUCAUCAUGGCCCAGAUCGUCAUCUCCAUCCAGAUGGUGCUGGAGGAGAAGUUUGUCUACAAGCACAACGUGCACCCACUGCGGGCAGUCGGCACUGAGGGCCUCUUUGGCUUCGUGAUCCUCUUCCUGCUGCUGGUGCCCAUGUACUACAUCCCCGCCGGUUCGUUCAGUGGAAACCCUCGCGGGACGCUGGAGGACGCGCUGGACGCCUUCUGCCAGGUGGGCCGGCAGCCACUCAUCGCGCUGGCGCUGCUGGGCAACAUCAGCAGCAUCGCCUUCUUCAACUUUGCAGGCAUCAGUGUCACCAAGGAACUGAGCGCCACCACCCGAAUGGUGCUGGACAGCCUGCGUACCAUUGUCAUCUGGGCACUGAGCCUCACGCUGGGCUGGGAGGCCUUCCACCCGCUGCAGAUCCUUGGCUUCCUCAUCCUCCUGACGGGCACAGCCCUCUACAACGGGCUGCACUGCCUGCUACUGAGCCGCCUGUCCAGGGGCCGGCCCCCGGCAGAGGAGGGCGAGCGUGAGAGACUGCUGGGGGGCCCUCGGACUGCCAUCAACCAUGCCAGCUGAGCCUCCUGCUCUACUGCCACCUGGACGCUCCUUGUGCACCCUGAGGCUGAGGCCACGUGGCUGGUGAACCUCAAGUGCCCUGCCCCCUCCCCACAGAUCCCCCGCCCAGGGCAGCUGCUGCCACAGAAGAUGACACAACACCCAGGUCCUCCUUUGUCGCCACCCCAUUCAGGCCUGAGUGCAGUGCCCGACCCCCAGCAGGCUUCCCCAGCCCCUCCUGCAACACUCGAGCUACAUCACGGAGUAGAAUUGCAGGAACCAGCAGCCCUAGGGUUUCCUCCUAAAUCAUAAGCUAAAUGUGGUUCUCCCAAGAAGAGAGGUCACUGAGCAAAUUCUGAUAGAACUAAGCACCACAGUUUCUAAAACUUGUAAGAUACUCUAACCCUGUCUGGGAACCGGGGUUUCAGCCAGGGCCUUGCCGCACUCAGUGUGUGCUCCCCAGCCCUGACCUGGUCACUCUGGGCCUUGGCACCCUGCUCUGCAGAAGGUGUCCACGGUGUGGCUUCCAUGCCUUCCGGCCCAACUGGGCCCAUUCUGCAGGCCUGUGGUUUUGACCAACCUGGGGAAGGAGUGACAGCCCUUUUAUUUAUUUAUUUUUCCCAGUUUUAAAACUUUUUAUUCAAAGAAAUAUGAUCCUUUAGCUUA